AUGGCGACCCUGGGCAGGGCUGGCGGGCAGCGGGGGCACCUGGAGAGCGGGACAGAGCGAGCGAGGCUGACCACGCAGCCCCACGUGCCCGACACCGACGCCGACGCCGACACCAGCGAGCCUGAAAGCUGCGGCAGACGCGCCGAGGCUCCCUGGCCCGCGCCCCGCUGUCCCCCCUCGGGCGGUCCCCGGGAGCCCGCCUGCCGCCCCGUGCCCCCCGUCCCGGGCCCGCAGCUCCGGGGCCCACAGCAGGGCGCGUGUUCUGAGGUGCGCUCGUUCCGGGGAGGGCGGCCUCAGCCCGACUCCCCGCGAGGCCCGGAACGGCCCCCGCGGCCGACCUGCUGCCUGCCCCCGACCAAGGAAGGCCCCACGUCCCCGGGUCCCCGGAGCACCCACCGCCACCAGGAGCGGGGCCUCCGCGUGGCCCCCGGGGUGGGUAUGGAGCCCCCCCCCCCCAGCCCUCACGAAGGCCCUCCUUCUCGCCAGCGGGCCUGGGACUUCUCCCCGCGCUGCGCGGAGCCACAGUCCAGCAGCAGCCUCGGGCCAAGCCUGCAGUCCCUGAGCCCCCGCGGGGGCAGCAGCCAUGGGGGCAGCCAUGUUGGGGCCUCCGAGGCGCGGGAGCAGGGGCCGAGCGGGGCAGGGUGUGUGUGGACCCCCUUUCCCAGGGCAGAUGGGGCCGGGGCUUGUCGGGGCGGCGUGCCCGCGGCCUUAACCCGGGACUCCUGGCUCCUGGCCGCGGACGGGCGCGUGGGACCCCCGUCUGGGCUCACCCUAGGCAGGAGCGGUCCGACUAGGCCUCGCCGCCCACCGCGUGGUCAGGAGGAAGUCGUCGAGGGCCACUUCCGGUCAUGAGUUGUGAUACCUUCAACCUGCUGAGCUGAAGCCUUGCACCGAUGACUUAAAUUCUUUGAGACCCCAGAUACAUAGUGAAGGUUCGCUUUAUCGGGGCACCCCUUCUUGUGACCCUCCGCAGCUUUCAUUAGGCGUUUACACCUUAUUCCAGUCCUGUUUCAAAUAACACAAUAGUGUCGCUGUUACUGUAGGUUUGUUACAGCAGAGUCUUCCCAACUCCCCCCUUUCUAUAGGUCAUACUAUUGAUUUAUUUUAUCCUUAAGGUACAGUCAUUGGUUGCAUUGCUCUUAUUUUAUUUUGAACAUAGAUACCUUUUUUAACGAUGAAAAAUAAGAAGAUGCUUUAUAUUCCUUUA